AUGGAAGAGGGUCAGCCUCCCCCCCAAAACCCCCAAAAACACCCCAUCUCCUUCUGGUUGGUCUUUCUGUCCCUCUGCCUCCUGUCGUUUGUCUCCGCACUCGAUGGUGCCAUCAUCAGCACCGCCUUACCCAAAGUGACCGCCGCCCUGGGCGGGGAGACCGACUACAUUUGGAUUGCCAACAGCUUCACCAUCGCACAGACGGUGGUGCAGCCAUUUGUAGCCCAGCUCUGCGACAUCUUCGGCCGGCGCGGCCCCAUCCUGGUCUCGGUGUGUCUGUUCCUGCUGGGCAGCGGACUAGCGGGAGGAGCACCGACGGUGGGCCAGCUGAUCGCCGGUCGCACUGUCCAGGGGUUGGGGUCCGGGGGAAUCUACAUCUUAGUGGAUUUGGUCGUCUGUGACUUGGUGCCGCAACGCGAACGGGGCAAGUAUCUGGGGAUUGUGCUCUCCUUGGCCGCCGUGGGGGCGGUGCUGGGCCCCGUCCUGGGCGGCGCCCUCGCCCAGGCCAAUUGGCGAUGGGUCUUCUAUCUGAAUCUGCCGCUGGCCGGUCCCGUCCUCCUGUUCAUGCUCUUCUUCUUGCGGCUCGAUGGGCCCGCCGCGGCCGGCCACCAGUCCGCCUACACCGGACUGCGUGAGUCGCUCCGCCGCAUCGAUUGGGUGGGCAACCUCCUGUUUGCCGGCUCCAUUCUGGCGCAGCUGUUAGGGUUGGUGGGCGGGGGCACCCUCCACCCAUGGUCGUCCGCAUCGACCCUGGUGCCCUUGAUUCUCGGAUUCGUGGGAUGGGGGGCCUUUCACGUGUACGAGUACUUUCUCCCAUCGCACCGACACCCGUGCAUGCCGCCGCAUCUUUUCGCGCACCGCAACAGCUUCGUGGGGUUUGUGCUGGCCUUCGACGCCGCCCUCAUCAUGCAGUGGACCCUCUACUUCCUCCCGAUCUAUUUCCAAGGGGUGCAGCGCAAAAGUCCCCUGACCUCCGGAGUCGACCUGCUGCCGUACAGCGCCUUCCUGAUUCCGUUUGCCAUGGUGGCCGGGGGCAUUAUGUCGCGCACGGGCAUCUACCGGCCGCUGCACGCCACGGGAUUUGGAGCGCUGGCGCUGGCGCUGGGGCUCUUCACCCUCCUGGGCCCGCCCUCGCCCCGGGCCGCCUGGGUGCUGGUGCAAGUGCCGGCCGCCCUGGGCCAGGGCUUUUUGGCCACCACCAUCCUCCCGGCCAUCCAAGCCGCGCUGAGCCCCCAGGACACCGCCAGCUCCACGGGCGUCUACGCCUUUCUCCGCUCCCUGGCCUUUGUCUGGGGGUCCACCGCCCCGGCCAUCGUCUUCAACGCCCGCAUCGACCACUACGCCGACCGCUUGCUGCCCGGCGACAGCGCGGCCGAUCGCGCCCUCCGCAGCCACUUCACCGGCGGCCAGGCAUAUGGCGCCGCCGCGGAUGUCGCCGGGGAAUGGGGCCAAACCCACCUCUCCAGCGACCAGCGUCGCCACGUCCAGGAGAUGUAUCGCCUGGCCUUGAAGACCGUCUGGCAGGUGGGCCUCGCCUUUGCGCUCUGCGGGCUAGUCGCGGGGCUGGCUAUGCGCUCCCUCGAAUUACACCAGGAGCUGGAGGAUACGGGCUAUGGACUGAAGACGGAGGAAGACCGGAAGGGGAAAGAUGCCGAGGAAAAGGCGGCAGUGGUGACGAGGGCGACGGGGCCCAGUGAGAUCGGCACGGUUUGGGGAACGGGCAGACAGAAGAAGACUACACCGGAGGUAACUUAG